GGUAAUUGCUACACUGAGGAUUAAAAUAGGGUGAUGUGCUAGCCUGGAGAUGGCUCCUUUAGAUUGGGAAACCGUCCCUGAGGAGGGACUCUGAAGUUGAGAGGGACACUGAAUGAGGAAUAGGAUUCCGGGAGCAGAGGGAAGAGAAUUUCAGCAUAAGAAAAACUGCUUUAUGAAGAUGGAACACCGGCGUGCGUUUGACCAGGGAGGCUGGAAAGAAGUGAGGGAGAUGGAAAGUGGCAGGAGUUGAGGUCUGAGAGGUAGGCAGGCAAGAGCCAGAUCAUAUAGCGUCUUGUAAGCCGUGGUGAGGAGUUUGGAUUUUAUUCUAAAUGUGUUCUUAAGUGCAGUCUGGCUAAGUCCAUUUUUUGCCACUCUUUCUCUUUGGUUUCCUUCUCUUGGUUUCUUUAUUAAAUUGGCUCUUCACCUCAAGUCUUUUGUAUCAUUUUCUUCUUUAUCAGACAAGGUGACAGACCAUGACACAAUACCUUUCAACACUGCCACUUAAAUUUUGAAUGAAACCUUUUGUUAGUUUUUGUGAGUGACUCUUACAGUUCUGUAUCUUAAAGGCAGCAAUAGCCUUGGCUCCAUCCUGUGGAAGGAACAGCUGAGUCAGUUUGUUAAAAUGGUGACAAAUCUUUUUGAGUUGAGAUUAGCAGAUCUGGAAUGAGGUAGUGUUGAGAAAUAAUGGGUUAAGGGAAAGCCUUCAAAGGUGAAAUAAAUACGGAAGGUUUUAGAUGUUCAUUGUUAAAUCAGUUUGAAGUUAUUUGACAAGAUUUUUUUUCAGGAGUUACGGAAAUUUGUUCAUAUGGCAGUGGUGACUGUGAUCAUCAUCAGAGGUUAUAGUCUUAUAAAUAAUUUAUUUCUCUCCAGAUUAUCCUUAUCCCAGGUAUAAUAGAUUGUCCUUUAUGUAGGAGCUUUCGUUGAGCAAAUUCUUAAAUUGAUUUUGGCCCUUUUAUAUGGAUUUGAGUUGGAUUUUUUUGAUUCCUAGGAUGAAGUAACCUUUAUUUAAAAAUUGCAGGAUAUUUUACUUCAAAUAAAGAACAUGGUGAAACUGAUUCACACAUUAGCCGAUCAUGAUGAUGAUGUCAACUGCUGUGCUUUCUCCUCUGCCCUCUUGGCUACUUGCUCCUUGGACAAAACAGUCCGCCUGUAUUCCCUAAGUGACUUCAGCGAAUUGCCACACUCUCCAUUGAAGUUUCACACCUAUGCUGUCCACUGCUGUUGUUUCUCCCCUUCAGGACAUAUUUUAGCUUCAUGUUCAACAGAUGGUACCACUGUCCUGUGGAAUACUCAAAGUGGACAGACUUUGGCCGUGAUGGAACAGCCCAGUGGUAGCCCCGUGAGGGUUUGCCGGUUUUCCCCAGACUCCACUUGUUUGGUGUCAGGGGCAGCUGAUGGAACGGUUGUUAUGUGGAAUGCACAGUCAUACAAGUUAUAUAGAUGUGGUAGUGUUAAGGAUGGCUCCUUGGUGGCCUGUGCAUUUUCUCCUAGUGGAAACCUCUUUGUCACUGGCUCCUCAUGUGGAGAUUUAACAGUGUGGGAUGAUAAAAUGAGGUGUCUGCAUAGUGAAAAAGCACAUGAUCUUGGAAUUACCUGCUGCGAUUUUUCUUCACAGCUAGUUUCCGAUGGAGAACAAGAUCUUCAGUUUUUUCGAUUGGCAUCAUGUGGUCAGGAUUGCCAGAUCAAAAUUUGGGUUGUUUCUUUUACACAUGGCUUAGGUUUUGAAUUAAAAUAUAAAAGUACACUGAGUGGGCACUGUGCUCCUGUUCUGGCUUGUGCCUUUUCUCAUAAUGGGCAGAUGCUAGUCUCGGGAUCAGUGGAUAAGUCUGUCAUAGUGUAUGAUACUAAUAGUGAGAAUAUACUUUGCACAUUGACUCAGCACACCAGGUAUGUCACAACUUGUGCCUUUGCACCCAAUAUCCUUUUACUUGCUACUGGUUCAAUGGACAAAACAGUGAACAUCUGGCAAUUUGACCCGGAAACACUUUGCCAAGCAAGGAGUGCAGAAGAUCAACCGAAGCAAUUUAUUGAAGAUUGGUCAGAGGACGAUGUCUCAACAUGGCUCUGUGCACACGAUUUAAAAGACCUUGUUGGUAUUUUCAAAAUGAACAACAUUGAUGGAAGAGAACUGUUGAAUCUUACAAAAGAAAGUCUGGCUGAUGAUUUGAAAGUUGAAUCUCUGGGGCUGCGUAGUAAAGUUCUGAGGAAAAUUGAAGAGCUCAGGACAAAGGUGAAAACCCUUUCUUCUGGAAUUCCUGAUGAAUUUAUAUGUCCAAUAACUAGGGAGCUUAUGAAAGAUCCUGUCAUUGCAUCAGAUGGCUAUUCAUAUGAAAAGGAAGCAAUGGAGAAUUGGAUCAGCAAAAAGAAACGUACAAGUCCCAUGACAAAUCUGGUUCUUCCUUCAGUGGUACUUAUACCGAAUAGGACUCUGAAAAUGGCCAUCAAUCGGUGGCUAGAGACACAUCAAAAAUAAAACUGUUUCAGGGCUUGCCCCAUGGCCUAGGGGUUAAGUUCGGUGUGCUCUGCUUCGGCAGCCUAGGUUCGGUUCCCGGGCAUGGACCACAACUCGGUGGUGGCCAUGCUGUGGUGGUGACCCAUACACAAAAGAGGAAGAUUGGCACAGGUGUUAGCUCAGGGCGAAUCUUUCUCAGCAAAAUAAAUAAAAAUAAAAUUGUUUAUAUUAUAUUUUUCAGUGAUCUCAUUUGAAUGAUUUAAAGGUAAAUACUAAUCAGACAUUAAAAGCAAAACAGAAGGAGAAAAGUAAACUUCUUAAAUUUAGUUACCUGUAACAAUUUACUAUUUUCAUUCUUUAAAACAUGGACUAAACAACACAUCCAACUUCUUUUCUAUUUUUAUUAUAAAAGCCUUUUUGUACUAGUGAAAAAAAAUCUUAACCUGUAGAGAAAUAAAGUUUUACUUUGACUUUAAAUUGCAAUGCU